AUGCAUGACGUAUUCGUUGAUGAGGAGACAAACUUAGAAUCGACAGACAGAAGGACAUGCUGGUACAUGGGUCAUAAAGUGUCGGUGGGAGUUCAUUACAAAGGCGUUGCUGCAAUUUUGAAUUUAAUCCGCAGUAAUAAAAAUAAUUUAUUUUAUUGUUCUUCGAGUAUAAAACUGGCUGCUCAUCUGGAGAUUGGUUGUCUUUUCAACGCUGAACAAAAGCUGUUUAUCAAGAUGAAGUUGAUACUACUUGCGACAUCACUGCUACUGUGCAGCUUGCACACAAGCGAAGCAGUGGGUAUAAAUUCACUGAAAGCUGUCUAUGAUGUUCUUGACCCUGCGUUGUGGUAUAAGCUUCAGAGAGGUGAAGUUAAGCUGGGGGAAGGCGAAAUGCAAGCAAGAGCUGGCUUUGAAUUCAACUUGACUGAUGCAUUCUGGGCAGACAAAUGUGUCCCAAAAUCACGUUUAGAAACAUAUGGAGACUACUGCUUCAUUGUUCAAACUUCUUGUCGAGAGAGUGAAGCGCGAAGGGCCGAAGUUUUGAAAAGUGCAAAAAACGACAUCCUUGAAAUCAUUAAGAAAGCUGAUAUAUCAACAUUUUCAUUGGUGACAUACAGUAAAGAUGCAAAAGUGGAAUUAUCAUGGUCUUCUGAUGUUGGGCAGAUAGGGAAUAUAUUAGACAACAGACAAGAAGGAACCUGCGAUGAUUGCAAAGCUGAAACCCACAAAGCUCUAGAUGCAUGCAAUAAUCUUUUUAAACAGAAAGAAAAAGAUGAAGCCCCUGAUAAUAUUAUUAUUUUUACGGAUGGUAUUUCUAUUGAUAAUAAAUACAACAUGGAGAAUUCAAGAAAAUUAACAAAUGACAAAGCAUUUGACAUAAAAAACCAAAAGCAGCACCCGAUAAGCAGCAUUCAAGUGAUCAGGAUUCAUCCGACCGAAAGUCCUGUCGAGAGAACUGGAGUAGAUGAAUGGAAGCCUAUCUCGUACACUAACACACCAGACACGUUUCCUGCAAACACAGUGGUUUGUCCAAACCUUGGGGUACAGAAGGACCAAUCAGUAGAACUUGUACUUGGGGAAAUAAGUAUACCAUUAGAAGACCAAGUACCAUGUUGUACAGCUGAUGUGGUGUUUAUCGUGGACAGAUCCAACAGUAUCACCAAACCAGAUCUUAGUGAUUUAUUGGAAUUCUUGGAUGAUUUUCUUAAAGCAAGCAAGAUUUUGAGCCCCACCGCUGUUGACAGAAUUAAUUACCUUCAGAUUGCAAUCUUGAGCUACAAUAGAAGAGUAUACACCCAUGCAAAAUUGGGACAAUAUGGCAAGGAAGGCUUGAUCAAAGCUGCAAGAAAAAUUCCAAGAAAAACAGCAACAUAUACACAAACACACAUUGCACUGGCUGCAGCUCAGAAGGAAUUACAAUCAUCAAGGGCAAGACCAAAUGUCAGGAAAAUAGUCGUAAUUUGUACUGAUGGCAGAACCUGGAAGGCUAAUCGAAGAGUCGUAGACAGUGGAGCAGAUACCAUCAAAGCCGCCCAGAAGUUAAAGGAUAUUGGAGCAGAGAUAUAUGUAGCUGGACUUCCCAAUCAUAAAGAAAACAAUGAUGGGUACGAGCGUGAAUGGAAGAAAAUUGGAUCUGAACCAAUCAACUGCACAGUUGUGAACAUGCAAAUACCAGGUGCAUCGUUUAAAGACCUUAUAUGGGUCGGGAUUCAUCUGACAGAGGAGAUUUGCAUCAACAACAAAAAGAAAAGCUGCAAAUGGGAUGAAAAAUAAACAUACAAAAUUACAAAAAAUUAAGAAUGUCUGUGAAUCCUAAGCAGAUGCCACUGAAUGAUUGUAUUGAACAGUAUCACAUAUCUUUAAAAACUGAUUUUUCCAUCUGUAUUUUCUGUCAUACUCUUUGAAAAAUAAAUUCUUUGAAUCGAAAA